AAACCAACAACAACAAGAAGAAGAAAAUUCCAUUCCGGAAUCCAAAAGGAUCAAUGUGAUCAUCCUAUCAAAGCUUUUGGACUCUUAUAAGCCAGAGGUGAGGGAUUCAACAAUUAGAAGCAAGAAAAAUGGACGGUGAAGAUAGGCUGAGGACGAUGUGGAGAAACUUGAAGCAACGACUGGGAUUCACCGGACUGGCCUGCUGUGGAUCCUCUUGGAACCUGAGAGUAUCAGACGUGACGAUGAGGGAAGAAGAAGAAACAGAACAAGCCCAACAAAUACAGGCUCAAUUAUUCGGCGAAGAGCCCAUGAUCGCGGCCCAUCAAGGAAACGUGGACCUCGCUACAGCGCUGGCGGCGGAACGUCGAUACCGGAGCGUGGAUACCACGGCGCAACUGAAGACGUUGAUGAGAUUGUUUGAGGAAACGGACGGCAGAGAUGAGAAGAAGAGUCUCAAAUGGUACAUUAAAGAAGAAGGAAGAGGUGGAAUUGAUGAAAUGUGCUGCGUGUGCAUGGAGAGGAAUAAAGGUGCAGCGUUUAUCCCCUGUGGACAUACCUAUUGUAGGGUUUGUUCCAGAGAAUUGUGGUUGAACAGAGGCUUAUGCCCUCUUUGUAACUGUUCCAUUAAAGAGAUUCUCAAUAUUUUCUAACAUCACUUUCGGUGAUUGGCCAUGAAA